CAGAUGGAUGUCUCAUCAGUACACACGGCGCAGCGAGACAAUCGACAUGCGACUGCGCGCCUGUUUCUUCACUUUCGGUUGUGCGGUAUGUUGCCUCUGCUGCGCUCUGGUGGUGACUAUCUCACACACGGACCCUAGGAUAACGAGACAAGCGGGCUGGACGCCACGAGACCCUCGGUCAGGCCGAAGCGCCGGAGCUCUUCCCACACACGACAGUUCCUGGUCACGGGAAGUUCCCUCCAGGCGACAAGGAGUUCCUUGGCGGACUCCCGACUCAGACCCUGCGUCGUCAUGGAGACCUCCGGACACGUCAGCGGGUCCAUUCGUGACGCAGGAGUCCAGACAUGCGGCGCAGAGUGACGAUGUUUCGGCAGAAUACAGCGACCAGUCAGCUGCUAGAAGUUUAGAAACUGACCAAUCGCCGAGGGGAGGAGCGACAAAUGGUCCCUUGUAUAGGGCCCUCCCGACGUUGUCCAGAAACAGUCGCCUUGCGGAUGUUCACGAGCCAACGAGCCCUGGGGACACACUCAGAAACAGCCGACGUCCGAAGACAGACGCUGACGAGGGCCGACACCUGUUCGGACCGGACCGCCGUCAGACGCUUACCGCCAUCACAGAGACCCUGGGGGCGAUCAACACCCUCGGGCGAUACCUGGUGAAUAUCACGCGGGGCAGUGAGGUGCAGGGGCAGGAGCCAGUGGCAGGGGACCUCCCCGGGGCCCUCUACACCAUCAGCAAGAAUGUUUUGGGCCCCAACGUCACUGAUACAAUCGCACCAAUUGUCCGGGAUGCUUUCCCCCCUAUAGUGACGCUCCACCCCGGCAAGGUGACGCUGACAGAUAAUGCUGCAGCCGGCAGACCAUGCACGACGCCUGACGGACGUGCAGGGACUUGCGAUGACCUCAGCAACUGUCCCCAGUUGCUCCUGGAUCUCGGCAACCUGAGACAGUCCAUCUGCUUCAAGAGCCUGUUUGUGCCGGGGGUGUGCUGUCCACGCAGGGGUACCUCCCCAACAUUUGUAACACCGAUACCAGACAUCACGACAGUGCUGACAACUACAAGGCGUCCUACAACUACGAGAACACCGAGUCUGAUAGUGGCCUCUAGCAGCAGUGCCAUCAGCGGGGGUCCCACUCUGCGCCCCACUGUGGCCCCCAGUGGAGAGUGUGGUCAACCUGAGGUCCCUGCUUUCCGUGUAGUGGGUGGGGAAGAAUCUCUUCCUGGCCGAUGGCCCUGGAUGGCAGCCAUCUUUUUGCACGGUUCACGCCGCACAGAGUUUUGGUGCGGUGGUUCCUUGGUUGGACCUCGCCAUGUGCUCACUGCUGCACACUGCACACGUGACUCCAAGCAGCGACCGUUCAGCCCACGUCAGUUUACAGUGCGGCUGGGCGAUGUCGACUUGAAGCGUGAUGAUGAGCCAUCAUUACCACAGACAUACCAAGUGGUAGAAAUACGUGCACAUCCUCGCUUCAGUCGUGUCGGGUUCUACAAUGACAUCGCAUUGCUGGUGAUGGAACAGACAGCAAGAAGAUCCCGGUAUGUCAUCCCACUUUGUCUGCCACCUGCAAGGUACCGCCAUGAGCCCUUUGUUGGACGGAAACCUACAGUGGUUGGAUGGGGCACAACAUAUUAUGGGGGCAAGGAGAGUACAGUUCAGCGCCAGGCCCAGCUACCAGUGUGGCGCAAUGAGGACUGUGAUCAAACAUAUUUCCAGCCCAUCACAUCAUCUUUCAUCUGUGCAGGCUACACAGAAGGGGGAAAAGAUGCUUGCCAGGGUGAUUCUGGAGGUCCACUGAUGCUGAAAGUUGGAGACCACUGGAUACAGAUUGGCAUUGUAUCCUUUGGUAACAAGUGUGGUGAGCCAGGAUACCCAGGUGUCUACACUCGGGUCACAGAAUAUAUUGACUGGAUACAUGAGAAUAUAGUUAAAUAGUGAAAUGUGCGCUGGUGAAGACUUCAUCAAUUCACAGUUGCAGCAUGGUGAAAAUAUCUGUUGUCCAUGACUUUACAGUCAACAGUCCAACAACAUGCCAAGCAUAAUGUGUCCUCUGUAAUGUUUAUGUCCUGCAGUCUAUAAACAUUAUGCUGACCAUAUCUGUUCCUGUAAAUAUUUAUGUUUUUCAGUCUGCUGUUCUCAAGUUAAUUUAUUCAUCUUACACUUUCGAACCUGCAUCAUGUCCUCAUAGUGCCAGGUCAGCUAACUUAAUGCAGGAAGUCUCCUAUAAACUGAAUGCAAUAUAUCUACAUUCCACUUGGGAGACCCACGUGUAAAGGGAAAGACAAUAUUAAAAUGGUUAUUAAAGAAAUAGGGUAUAUCUGUCAGAUCUCUGGACCAACACACGUUAUGUUCUGUUCUGUCAAAAUGGUUUCCCUAGUGUCUGCAUAUAUUAUCAGUAAAUAUGUUUUCAUGUUCUGUAGAAGAACCAAGGUUAAGAAUGUGUGGAGCUGUACCUCCAUUCCCACAUAGGUCUUCAUCACAGGAUGAAACUUAUUUAAGCAUAGCGACAUCUUUACCUGUAUCUUUAUGUCCCACAAUUGUUUUAUGUGUGACCCAUAUUUGAAUCUGCACCACUGCACCAACAAUCCUGAUUUGACUCACCAUUUUUGGUAUCAUUUAUUAUUUGAAGCCGAGGAAUAGUAUAUUUAAAAAUACCUUCACCAUUUCCUUCUAACAGAAUUUGUCGUAAUUUUUGUGUGACACUAAGUAAUCCCUGUAAUUAUUAAGUAACUUACGAACUAAUAGCUGUAAUACAAUGAGAGGUUGUAGAAUCUGAAAUAAGAACGUAAUCUUUAAGUAACACUGCUAGUUACAUUUGUGUCCUACAAUGCAAAUUUCUCAUUUUGUAUGCACAAUGUAUUAUGCAUUUCUUAUGAUUGUCACAGUGAACGAUUAUAUCCCUAAAGAACAUUAAUUGGUUUAUCUUCAUACUGGCGAUGCUGUGUAUUUUACUGGGUUAAAAUUUAAUUCUUAAGUGUUAUUUAGAUGAAUGUAAGGCUUCAAAGAGAUAAGCAUAUUUAUUUUGAUUUC